UACUUUCGAACGAAUUUUAUGUAAAUAUUCCACGAACGUGUUAAAUAUAUAAUAAAUGAAAUAAAACAUCGUAAUAAUCAAGUUUUAUAUAGUACAAACGAAAACGUGAUAUUCGAAAUAGUGAUUAAAAUAGGUUUGGUAAACUUUCGAAUGUGACAGCUCGUUGCAUAUUCAAAACGAUACAUACAAAUUAUUUUGAUAUCAAAUGUAUAUUUUUUACAUUUGUGUUAUGAUUUAUAGUUGAUUUUAUAAAUGUUAUGAAAAAGGUUAGUUGAUUUACAAGAAAUGCGCUAACUGUUUAAUGUUUUCGUGUUGUGAAAAUGAUGUGUUGUUUAUGAGAACGUUUUAGUAGCUAAAACUUUACGGUAUUCAUUUCAAAUAUUCAUUGCGUUUAUAAUUAUGAAUGUAUGUUAUUAUUAGUGUGGUAUGGCCAAUCUCAAUUUUACGAGAAAUAUUGGCAGUGCUUCAUUGGGGCGAUCUAGUGUUGGCUUUGGCAGCACAACGCUGUCGGGGCACGUAACUCCUGUUUUUGGCCAACGUACUGUACCUGAUAGAAGAAGUGUUCCCGGUAUCGGGUUAAUAAAACGGAGCUCUGGUCCAAUGGGUAGUAUGACAGCAUUAGGAGGUUAUAGCUCUCAAAGUACACUCAAUAAUCUACAUUCUGUGUUCGGCACAGCUGACAAUAAUACACCACCAUUAUUGGAUUUAUCUGAAUUUCCUUCGUUAACAAAUCGAAAUUCAAGUGAUAGUAUGCCACAACCUAGUCCUAUGCCAGGUGCUAAACCAUACGUUGGAAUGGUAAAACAACCAACAUCAGAGGCUAGUGAAUUUACAAUGUCAUCGGAAGAUUUUCCAGCAUUACCUGGUACACAUAGUCGAGAAGGAACAUCACCGGGUGGAAGUAUUGCUAGUGAAAAAAAUAUUUUAUCGUCUGGUGGAGCGGGUGAUAUGGGUCAAGAUUUAAGAUCUUGUACGGCCACAGACGGAAAUAAUACUAAACAAGGCAUUCAAAUAUGGCCCGAUGGUAAAGUCACGAAUAUACCAGCAAGUAUGGUCAAUGAUCAAUUCGGUAUUGUUGGCUUAUUAACAUUUAUCCGAGCGGCAGAAUCCGAUCCAAAUUUAGUAUCGUUAGCGUUGGGACAAGAUUUAACGGCACUUGGUCUCAAUUUAAAUUCACCGGAAAAUUUAUAUCCAACAUUUGGUGGUCCAUGGGCAGAACAACCUUGCAGGCCACAAGAUAUUGAUUUUCAUGUUCCACCGGAGUAUAUUAUUAAUGCUACUAUUAGAGAAAAAUUAGCACCUGUGAAAUUAAAUCGAUAUAAAGAUGAUCUUUUAUUCUUCCUGUUUUAUAAUAGUUGUGGAGAUUUUUUACAAGUUGCGGCAGCUGCAGAAUUAUAUAACAGAGAAUGGAGGUAUCACAUGGAAGAUAAAGUUUGGAUAACGCAAGUUCCUGGUAUGGGAAUGAUAGAAAAAACAACGACAUAUGAACGAGGUACUUAUUAUUAUUUUGAUGCGCAAAAUUGGCGAAAAGUGGCGAAAGAAUUUCAUCUCGAAUAUAGCAAGUUAGAAGGACGACCAAUAAUGCCGCAUAAUCAACUUUCAAAUUGAUAAUUUGAUUUUGGACAACAAAAAAAAUACAACAAGAAAUGUGAUUCAUAAUGGCCAUCAUCAAACAAAUACAUUUGUACAGUGUUCAACCAAAAAAAACAAACAUUCGCAUACAACAACUGCACAAUAUUUCUAUACAAAAAAAAAGUAUAUUUUAAAAACAUAAUUACAUAAAACGAGGGCAAUUCAUUCGUGUAUUGAUGCUUCUGUUUAAUGCUGUUGAAUCUAUUUUAUUAGCUUUAAAAUAUAUACGUAUAUAUUUAAAAGUAACAUGUAAUUAAUGCUGAGUUCAUUCCUAUUAUUUUACUUUUAUUCUAAAUUUUGAUCUCUUUUAUUACUAUAUAGCCCAAGGAAAUAAACGUUUUUCUGCUUAAAAAGUUUUUUCACCGUAGAUUAUCUUUAUUCGGAUGCAAGAAAAGACCUAUGAAAAGUCCAUUGCAAAAUCAUGUGCGAAAAAAAAAAUUCAAGGUCAAAGGUCGUGAAAAUAGGUUUGGUUUUAAAUAUCUCGUAAACUAUUAAGUU